UAUUUACCCAUCUGUACAAAAGUGUUAUAACUAGUUUCCUUGAACGGAUUCAUUUUCAGAUUCGAUUUGGAUUUUGAUAGAUCUCUUGAGAAUACAAAAAGGUAGAGAAACACAUGGAAGAAGAAGAAGAUAUGGUGAAAGAGGGGUUAAUGGCCUCUCCAAGAGAAAUCUUCAGCAUUUCUGGUCCCAUUCAUCUAACUUCCAUUGACUGGAAUAAUUCGUACCACAGAACCUCGGUGGCAUCAUGUUUGGUGCAAGCAGUGUACACACUGGAACGAGACAGACAGCAAAACAGGAUUGGUCUCAAGUCACAAGCACAUCAUUGGUGGGAGUUUUUCAACUUCACUUUAGCCGAAACCCUAAUCGACCAAUCAGAUGGAUCCAUAUACGGCGCCGUUUUCCAGUACAAACUAUUUUCUUACAACUACCAUAAUACCCCUUAUUCGAAAACACCUCCUCUUCACGUGAUCGCGUUCCGCGGCACGAUCAUGAAGCCGCACUCUCGGUCCCGUGACCUUAGGCUCGACCUACGCUGCGUCCGAGACAGCCUCCACGACAGCACAAGAUUCGUGCAUGCGAUAGAAGUGAUCAAAACCGCGGUGGCUAAAACCGGCAAUGCAGCCGUGUGGCUCGCCGGACAUUCUCUUGGAGCUGCCGUGGCUUUGCUAGCCGGGAAGAUUAUGACGAGGUCUGGUUUUCCUCUCGAGUGUUACCUUUUCAAUCCUCCUUUCUCAUCUAUUCCGAUAGAGAAGCUAGUGAAGAGCGAGAAGCUUAAACAUGGAGUUAGAUUCGCCGGAAGUCUAGUCAAAGCCGGAGUAGCCAUUGCAGUCAAGGGUCGCCACCAUCACAAUAAGGGUCAAGAAGACGAUUCGUUUAUGAAACUAGCAUCAUGGAUACCUUAUUUGUAUGUGAAUCCUUUAGACCCAAUCUGCUCAGAAUACAUUGGUUACUUCAACCACCGAAACAAAAUGUUUGAGAUAGGAGCUGGAAAAAUCGAGAGGAUCGCUACGAGGAACUCACUUAGGAGUCUGUUGACAGGAGGCGGAGGAGGAGGAGGAAGCUCGUGUUCGGAUUCUACAUCGGAACCUCUUCAUCUUUUACCAUCUGCGUAUAUGACGAUAAACACUAGCAAAUCCCCUGAUUUUAAGAGGGCUCAUGGGAUCCAUCAAUGGUGGGAUCCCAUGUUCAAUGGUGAAUAUGUUUUGCAUCAGUUUAAUCAAUGACUUCCAUUGUUGCUUCAGGUACUUGAAAUCUUUUGAUCUGUACUUUGUUUUUUUCAAAUAUUUAUUGUUAUAAUAUGUAAAAGAUCGAGUUUUUGCAUGA